AUUUAUGUAAAGGACGUUACAAUGGGAGACCAGUUUGCUGGAAGCACAGAUGAGGCAAGAAGGGAAAUGUUGAGUAUGAUAGAGCUGAGACAGAGGCUGGUUCUGUUAGACGGUAGUGGAUUUGCAGCGAGUACAAGCAGAAGCAGUGAAGGCUAAAAAGACACAAAAACUAAACAACAGAGGAAAAGUGAGCUGCAGCGAUGGCACCGACAUCUGCAAACCGUGCUGCAACCCUGGCAGCUGUCACAGCUGUGCUGACCUGUGUGUUGCUACAGGGGGUUCAGGCAGGAGUAGUGGAGGAUUUUAACCAUGUGGAGAGAUGUAAGGACUCUUUAUAUCUGGGAACUCCACCAAGAGGCUACCUCAGCAACUCUUAUAAGAAGAUCUGCCAGAGAUAUGAGGAUAAACCCCGCUACAUCACACUGUACGACCCCCACAAACAUAUCCCCAUCUACUCUGCCUACAUAUUCAAGAAGUCAGAUGGUGAGAAGAAAGUAGAUUUCCCUUGGAUGUUUGAGCCUCAGUUGGCCUCAGAAAAGAGCAGCAGCAAUAUGGAGUCCUUCCCCCAAUCUUCAAGCAUGCAUAUGAACUUUGAGGACACCCAGGCAGUCCUGGAGGACUAUGCUGAUGUUGUUCAGUAUGAACGAGGCCAACUAAAUCCAGACGAACACCAAGCCAGUCCUCUAGACAAAGCGUCCACCUACAGCUUGACAAACGUGGUUCCUCAGAUCAGAGAGUUCAACUUGGGUCCCUGGGCUGAACAUCAAGACCUUAUCCGCAAACGCCUCAACAACUACUGCCGUGGCAAAGCCUUUGUGGUCACCGGGGUGACCACUUCUGGACACACGAUCCGUCGGAACAACCUGGACCGUGUGGCAGUUCCAGAGUACAUGUGGUCGGCCUACUGCUGCACAGAGUUUGACCAAAAUGCUCCGUACUUUGUGCGCUACAAGUUCCCUGUGUUUGGAGCCUAUGGGCUCAAUGAUCGUGUCAACAAUCACAUGGUGGAAGUUCCUCUCAAGAACCUGGAGAAAUUUCUAAAGGGAAGGAUGGAGGUGGACAAGAACUUCCAGAUUUUCUAUAACGACUGUGUGCCAGAUAACUGAGAUGAAGUUAUUAUAUGUUAUUAUUCAGGUUUUAGGUGUGUUAGAAAUUUAGGAUUUGAUUGUAAAAGAAAUCUGAGGUUGUCAAAUUCAAAUAUUUGUCAAAUUGCACCAGAAAUAAAAUGAAUAUUUAAUCUGA